AUGGACUACCUGCCGAUGCCCUACAUUGAAGAGACCUCUGCUGCUGGUCGCAAGACGUGGGACAUUUUCUCCAAGCUACUCCAGGAGCGCAUCAUCUGCCUCAACGGCGAAGUAAACGACUACAUGUCUGCAUCGAUCGUGGCCCAGCUUCUCUGGCUGGAAUCCGACACCCCCGACAAGCCGAUUACCAUGUACAUAAACUCGCCCGGAGGCUCGGUGACGUCAGGAAUGGCUAUAUAUGAUACGAUGACAUAUAUCAAAUCACCCGUCUCGACAGUCUGCAUCGGCGGCGCCGCAUCCAUGGCAGCCAUUCUGCUGGCUGGUGGCGAAGCUGGCAAGCGAUUUUCGCUGCCACACAGCUCAAUCAUGAUACAUCAGCCGCUCGGCGGCACACGUGGGCAGGCCUCGGAUAUCAUGAUUUAUGCCAACCAGAUCCAGAAGAUCCGCGAGCAGUCGAACAAGAUUAUGCGACACCACCUGAACAAGGCCAAGGGCCACGACCGAUAUACCCUGGAGGAGGUCAACGAGAUGAUGGAGCGCGACAAGUAUCUUAGUGCCGAAGAGGCGCUUGAGCUGGGAGUCAUUGACGAGAUUCUGAACAAGCGAACGGAAGCCGAUGCCAAGGAGGAGAAGAAUGACCAGACUCCGGGCACUCCAUCUUGA